AUGUACGUGGGCUAUGUGCUGGACAAGGACUCUCCCGUGUACCCCGGCCCUGCCAGGCCCCCCAGCCUCGGCCUGGGCCCCCAGGCCUACGGUCCCCCAGCCCCACACCCUGCACCCCCGCAGUACCCCGAUUUCGCCAGCUACACUCACGUGGAGCCGCCCCCCGCGCCCCCUCCGGCCUGGGGCGCGCCCUUUCCUGCGCCCAAGGACGACUGGACGGCGGCCUACGGCCCUGGGCCUGCGGCCCCAGCGGCCAACCCAGCCCCACUGGCAUUCGGGCCCCCUCCGGACUUUAGCCCGGUGCCUGCACCCCCCGGGCCGGGCCCGGGCCUCCUGGCGCAGCCCCUGGGUAAGACUCGGACCAAGGACAAAUACCGCGUGGUCUACACGGACCACCAGCGCCUGGAACUGGAGAAGGAGUUUCAUUACAGCCGCUACAUCACCAUCCGGAGGAAGUCGGAGCUGGCCGCCAAUCUGGGGCUCACUGAGCGGCAGGUGAAGAUCUGGUUCCAGAAUCGGCGGGCCAAGGAGCGCAAAGUGAACAAGAAGAAGCAGCAGCAGCCACCGCCUCCACCCCAGCAGCUGCCCCCAGUACUGGCUAGCACCCCUGCGCCUGCUGGAGCACCUCUAGGAAGCCUGUGCCCCAACAACGCUGGCCUCCUGGGAGCCUCGUCCCCCAUGUCUGUCAAGGAAGAAUUUCUGCCUUAGCCUUUCCAGGCCUGGGGCUGGAGUCUGGGGGUUCAGGUGCUGGCAACUCAGCGUCUACUGGGUUCUAAGAGGCCUGGUCUGAGUACCAGCCUUGCCACUGACCUUUGGGGUCACCAGAGACAAGCCACCCAUCCAUUCCUGAACCCCUUGACCUGCACCCCUUGACUGUGCAUGAGGUCUCAGACUCCUGGGGGUGUCUCAAGGCCCAGUGGCUGCAGGGGAGAAAAAGAUAAGUUCCCAGGCCCUUCCCCCACCUCCCCAACAGAUUCAUGGGGUGAAAUGCCGGGGGGGGGCGCUGCACUAGGGACCUGGCCGAACCUGGAGGUCGGGGAUAUGGGUCAGAGAAGAUGGCAUGCUCCCAGACCAUCUGGAGGGGCCAGGGCAGGGGUGCGGUCAGCUCUGCCUUCUUCCUGCAGCCUUACCUGUACCUGCCCCCUCCUGGCUGUUCUGACUCACUCCAGCUUGGAGGCUGACACUAAAUCAGCACUGGGCCUGAGGGAGAGGCUCUACCACCAUCUUUGGCUAUUCCCCUGAACUCCCAGGAGGCCUCAGGACAGA